AUGUCUAAAACAAGAUCUCAGAGAAGUCAGUCAAUUCCGGGAUCUGCUUCUGUAAAGGAUGAUAACAUAUUAUGUUGCGUAUGGGAUGCGGUGGUUCAAAUCGAGCCUUCGGACUUAUAUGAUGAAUUGGUGAAAUAUGCUAGCAAAAGUAAAAACAUGAAAUUUUAUUGUGAUAAUUGCGUGAAACAUGCUAAUGGUUUUAAAGGUCUUUUGCAGAUGCUUAACGAAAAAUUUGAAUCCAUUGAUUCUAGUCUUAAAACGUCCCUAACAGACGAGUCUCUGAAAGAUGAGGACAUAUUGAAAAUAUUCAGACAAGGUAAAAAGCCAAGCGUAUCGUCUCCUCCGCGUCUAGUGAUUGUUAUGUUUAUCAACCUUUCUGCAAAAGUCCUGGUUAUGAGAAGAUUGUUCAGAUUAGCGCUGCUGGAUGAAAAAAUGAGGGAAAGGUGUGGUCGGGCAAUGGAGAAUAGUGAGAUAUCCAAGGCCUGCUACCAAACCGGAUUAAAUUUGGGAUUGCUUAAUAUUAGAUCCAUUCGGUCAAAAUAUGAUAUAAUUCAUGAUUUGUUAUCAAAUGAUUUAGAUAUAUGUGUACUGACCGAAACUUGGCAUGGAUCAUCUGAUGAUAUUUUUGUGAAAUUGGCUAUGCCUUAUGGCUUCUCAUUUAUGGAUUAUUUGCGCCCACACGACCCUAAUCAAGGAGGAAUAAUUGUAUAUUUUAAGAAUGUUUUCAAGGUUAAAAAAUUAGAAUUACCAGUAGUAAAUUUCUUUGAAUCACUUGCUAUUAAAUUUCGGUGCGGUAAAAAAACGAUUCUGUUUUUGGCAGUUUAUCGACCGGGUUCUGUACCAAUUACUCCUGCAUUUUUUGAUGAGCUUACAUCACUCUUGGAGCAGAUUUCGUUAUUGGCGGACUAUGUCAUUCUUACGGGGGAUUUGAAUGUUCAUUUGGAAAAGGUUCAUAUGGUAUUUAUUCCAAUCAUGGUCUGGUCCAAGUAUGUUUUUCGAUUCCGCUAA